AUGGAUAGCAACCAGCAGAAAGGUUCGGACAUAGCGAGGAUGAUAUGGAUUGUUGGAUCGCCCAUUGUUUUCUGUGUAGGAGUAUUCGGAAAUAUUUUGACAAUAAUUGUACUUACGAGCAGAAGAAAUAAAAAGACGUCCUCUACUGUUUUUCUAACAUUUUUAGCCGUCGCCGAUUUACUUGUUAUGACGAUAAUGUUGCCAAGAUGGUGGCUUAUCUAUAUGUUUGAUUUUGAUGUCCGUCAUAUUCACAACGUGGUGUGCAAACUGCACUUCUUUUUGACUUAUUUUAGCGGAGCAUACUCCGCUGCCAUAAUGGCUCUUGUAACAAUCGAGCGAACAAUAUGUACAGUGAAGCCAUAUAAGGUGAAAACAUUGUGCAAUGUGAAAAUUGCGGUUGCAAGUUCACUUAUGCUGAUGACUAUCUUGUUUGCUGUUCAUGGACAUAUAUUGUUUGGCAUGAAACUGCUCCAAGUUACCUAUAAUGACACAUCUGGUGAUAUUUCUAACUCUGUCCAAAAUGUCUCAAAUGAACGAUCGACAAAUCCAUGCCAAGACAUCUUAGAUAUGAUAUACGAUACACUACCUAAUAGCAACAUGCUGUCGCUGGGUUCCGAGUCCGAAGCACAAUGUGGGUUUUUCAAUAACUCAAAGAAUGAAGACGAAACAAACAAACAGUUAGUCGGCAUUUAUCCAAAAGAGAACCAUGUAUCAGCUGAUGUUCGAACUAUUGACUUAUGCUGGUAUGAAGAUCCACAAUAUGGGCAAUAUUUCUCUGGGAUACAUCAAACAAUAGCAACUGUCGGCUAUCUUGUUAUACCGGAAGCGAUCUUCUUCAUUGGAGGAAUAAUUAUUGUGCGGAAGCUACAAUUCAGCAAGCAAUUGCGUAGGCGCAUGGUGACAAAUUACAUGCGUGAUGCCGGGUACAAACCAGCAUAUGACAAUCGAGCUAACCAGAUAACAUUGACGUUGCUUUUGGUCAAUGUAGUUUUCGUCGUUACUGCAACUCCUGCCUACAUUUUUCUGGUCGGACGAUCAACUUGGGUUGAUGAGGAGUCUGGAAUGACAUCAACACAGGAAAUAGUAUGGGCAACUGUAAAUCAGAUGGUCUAUAUUAAUCACGCAAUUAAUUUCAUUCUGUAUUGUCUAACUGGGCGCCGAUUCCGGCAGCAAGUCUUGAAUGCGUUUCGAUGUCAGACACGAUCGGGUGUUGCGCGCGAUGCUGAUAUGUCCGUCAGUCACAGUCAGCUUAGAAGUGUUUUCUCCACUGAACUUAUGGUCCCGAGCUAA